GCGGAAAGGCGCGCGCAGGGCAUCGGCUUGAGUCGCGCGCUUCUUGGACGCUUCGUGACACAAGCGAGCAGACACGGGCGCAUUUACAUCGGCAACACCAACUACUCCGUUCCGAGCGGAAAGCUGGUCCUGAUCAAGAACACAGAUUCAUGGCACAAUGAAACAAAAGCGAGGAGUGUGUCAGAGAGAGUGUUACAAUUAAACAGCCGCACAAAUACAAGAACGCCGAUUGGAGAGGCAGUUAAGAAGGAGCUGUGCGCUUUGGUGGAAAAAACCCACUGCUGACUGUAAUGUGCAUCCAUCCGAGACCCUGCGUGGUGCUCUCCAGCUCCUGAGCAGAAGCUCCACUUUCUGUGUCUUUUGGUGCGGGAUGUCACGCCACAGCCAUCGUUUUGAACGGGACUUGCGGCCCGUCUGGGAGCGCAGAGAACGCAGUGUCGUCAGUAGCAGCUGCAUCACAGCUAAUGGCUGCGGCUCUUCCGCUGUCUCGGCCACCUCCAUGACCAACAGCUCCAACAACCGGCCUGGCCUGCUGCCGCUGCCGGUCAUGCCCUCUCUGCUGCCCACGCCAGCCACUGGGGCAAACAGCACCUGCAGUACAGAGCUGUCUGGCAAGCGUUUAGCCUCUUCUUGCAGCACCUCCACCACCAAGCAGGUGUCAGCACAUGCAGUAUUAGAAAGCCAAACUGCGGGACCUGUUCUUGCUCCCAGCGUCAGAUGGGGACAGACGCCUAUUAACCAGUCCACUCCCUGGGACACGGACGAACCCCCUAGCAAACAACUGAGGGAGAAAGAUAAUACAGGUCAGAUAUGGCCCCCAGCAGUGCCCACAGUGAGCCAGGCGAGUCUUCUUUCCCACACCUACGGCGUUCCCCAACCACCGGUUUAUAGUCAGGGAGUGACUGUCCAGGCACCCAUCAUAGGUGCCACUCCUCCCCUUCAAACUGCAGUGCCCCCGCCUCACCCGCUUCUGCCCUCGCAUUAUCAGCUGACCCAACCGCCCUCGCAGCCAAUGGCCAACAUGGUGCUCAAUGUGCACACCCAGACCCUGGGGCUCACUGGCCUGCCCCCAAUCGCCAUGUCGCCAAUGCCGGGAGUAUGUCAGGUCACGCAGACCGGCCAAACAGUGCUGGGCAAUGGCCAUCUCACUCACCCCAUGGUGCAGCCGGCUACCACAUUAACCAGCAGCGUCCCGAUGAUAAAUGGACAAGCGUCGUCACAUCCUCCUCCUACCAACGGCUGCACCACUCAGGAGACUGCCAAUGGCCUGCAGAUGCUCCGCACGGUCGGCAUGGGGAAGUAUGAGUUCACAGACCCUUGGCAUCCCAAAGAAAUGUUGAAAGAAUUGAACCAGCAGCGGCGAGUGAAAGAAUUUACAGACCUGAAAAUAAUUGUUCAAGGAAAAGAGUUUGAAGUCCAUCAAAAUGUUCUAGCUUCCUGCAGCUUGUAUUUCAAGGACAUGGUUAAAAGGUUGGCCGGAGAAAACAGGAGUGGUGAGAAGAUGACACUGACCAUGAACAGCAUCGAUGCUGAUGUUCUAGAGCUGCUGCUAGAGUUCGUCUACACAGGCUCACUUAUCAUAGACUCAGCCAAUGCCAAGACCUUACUGGAGGCUGCCAACAAGUUCCAGUUUAACACUUUCUGCAAAGUCUGUGUGUCUUUUCUGGAGAAACAGCUGACAGCCAGUAACUGCCUGGGUGUGCUGGCGAUGGCAGAGGCCAUGCAGUGCACAGAGCUCCACAGCAUGGCCAAGGCCUUCGCUCUACAGAACUUUCCGGAGGUGGCGAUUCAGCAAGAGAUCCUCAACAUCUCCAAAGAGGACUUCAUCAGCUACCUGUCCAAUGACAGUCUCAACGCAAAAGCUGAGGAGCUGGUGUAUGAGACUGUUAUCAAAUGGAUCAAGAAAGACCCCAGCAAUCGAGUACAGCAUAUGUCAGAGCUGCUGGCUGUAGUGCGCCUGCCCUUUAUCCACCCCAGCUACCUACUGAACGUAGUGGACAACGAGGAGCUGAUCAAGUCUUCAGAGCCGUGCAGAGACCUGGUUAAUGAGGCCAAGCGCUACCACAUGCUGCCACAUGCCAGACAGGAGAUGCAGACACCCAGAACACGCCCGCGACUCUCUGCAGGAGUCGCUGAGGUAAUAGUGCUGGUUGGAGGCCGUCAGGUCAUCGGUAUGAACCAGCGCUCACUGACAGCCGUCACUUGCUUCAACCCCCAGAACAACAAGUGGUACCCGCUGGCCAGCCUGCCUUUCUAUGACCGCGAGUUCUUCUCUGUCAUUUCAGCGGGGGAUAAUAUCUACCUGUCAGGUGGAAUGGAGUCAGGAGUCAUGCUGCCAGACGUGUGGUGCUACAUGUCCCUACUGGAUAAUUGGAACCUGGUGUCCCGAAUGACAGUCCCUCGUUGUCGCCACAAUAGCCUGGUCUAUGAUGGCAAGCUGUACACCAUCGGAGGGCUCGGGGUGGCAGGCAACCUUGAUAAUGUGGAAAGGUAUGACACUAUCACAAACCAGUGGGAGACAGUGUCACCUUUGCCAAAGCCAGUGCAUUCUGCAGCAGCAACAGUGUGUCGGGGGAAGAUCUACGUGUUCGGAGGGGUAAACGAGGCUGGACGCUCAGCUGGGGUCCUGCAGUCUUAUGUGCCUCAUACCAAUGCGUGGAGUUUCAUCGAAUCCCCAAUGAUAGAUAACAAGUAUGCUCCUGCUGUAACUCUCAAUGGCUUCAUCUUCAUCCUUGGAGGAGCGUAUGCCAGAGCCACAACCAUAUACGACCCUGAGAAAGGCAACAUCAAAGCAGGACCCAACAUGAACCACUCGAGGCAGUUCUGCAGCGCUGUGGUUCUGGAUGGGAAGAUCUACGCUACAGGAGGCAUCAUAAGCAGCGAGGGUCCUGCCCUGGGCAACAUGGAGGCGUUUGACCCCUGUGUCAACGCCUGGACACUGCAGCAGAGCAUGCCAUGCCCGCUCUUCAGGCACGGCUGUGUGGUCAUCAAGAAAUACAUUCAGAGUGGCUGACGCUGGAGCUGAGAAAUACAGGACACUGUUGCCUCCCUUGCACACGCCUUCAUUCUGUGCUCCCUCCCUCACACCCUCACUGCCCCGGGAUCACCAGUGCUGACGCCGAAGUGUUGUGAAAUCUCUCCCUUUUGUUCUUUUUCCCCCUCUCUCUGUAUCCCUCAUUCUCUUAUUCCAGGAAAUCGUCUCUCUCCUGCUCUCGACCAUAUGGAAUAUAGCAACUCUGUUAGUUCAGCAGGCACUCUGACUCAACAAGGUGCCUUUGUGUGAAGUAUGCCACCUCAAGCUGUUGGCACUGAAGGUCUGGAGUGACACUAGCCUUAACGCUCUAUCACCACUUCAGUUCAAGUGCACACCUCUCUCUCUCUCUGUCUCUCUCUCUCUCUCUCUCUCUCUCUCUCUCUGGUCAAAUUUCACAUUUUUAAACCGAUCAUUGUAGUUGACCGAUUCCAGUGGUUUUAAUUAGCAGUGUAGCAAUAUUCUGUGAUUUCUUUUCUACAAGAAGGAGCUCUGUUCUGACUCUAAUGAUGUGAAACAUACACUACAUCUUUGUAACGAAAGAAAAAACAAGUGUUUACUCUGCUCUGAAAUUUGGGUUGCAGGUAUAAAUUCAUAGCUAUUAGUACUAUCGUGAAUUAUGUUUCAAAAUGGAGUGUGUUUGUGUCGAAUAUGAAAAAAAGCAUUCCUUUUUCCCCCCAGGAGUUGAACCUGGAACAGUAGUACUGUAGUAGGAGAUGAUCUCACUGACUCACUGUCGUUUGCACUGGAAGGAAUAGGGUUUCACCUUUCUGAGCUGAACUCCCAACCUGGGCUGGUCUACAAGUUGGAGUUUCACACUGAACUAAUGCACAUUUUUCUUGCACUCUGCCAAAGCACAAAUAACCUGACGGUCAGAGUAACGUCAAAAAUGUGAUAUUUUUACUUUUGUUUCCUGCUGUUUGCCGAGUCUGGCUGCAUUCUCGGAAUGCCAGUGGAACAGAAUGGGAUUCUCUGUAAUUUAGGGAAGAAGAACAAAAUAUUGUUUAUUUUAGGAACUUGAAGUGUUGACAGUCGUUUCUAGACAAAUGUAUAGUAUAUUACUGAAAUGGUUACGUACCAAAAAAAAAACAAAAACAAUUGAUCAUUGCCACAUAGCAGUUAUUGUUUCAAUUAAUGAAUGUACCUCAUCAUUAAUUAGAACAAUAAUAAGUCAAAUACAGUUGAUUUCUAAUGAGUGUUGUGUGUUUGUUUUAUUUUAUUUAUUGUUCCUGGUGGUUCAGCAGGUAGUUUUGGCACGUCAGAGUCUAAACUAUAAUCCUAAACUGUUUGUGGCAAGUCAAGAUUUCCUCCUACCUCAUAUAAAUGCCAGUAUCGCACUGGUGUUUUCUCUGGCCUGUGAUGAACUGCAAUAUCAUCCAGGGUGUGUUCCUACUCCAACUCCACCACAAUCCUUACUGGGAUAAAGUGCUCACUGAAUAUUUAUGAAUUAAGUCAUUAAUGAAUAAAUGAACUAUAUUGCAAUGAGGAGACAAGUGUGUUUUUCCCAUUUUCUUCCCAGUUUGGCUACCUGCUAAUUCCCACCAUCAAUCCAUAUGACAGCUAUCAGCUGGGGAGAGUGAAGGCACAUGAAGGUAACAUGUUACCUCUGAGACACAUAAAGCCAGGCAACUAUAUCUCUUAAAACUGAGAGAAAAACUCAGGAAAGCAAUAUCUACCCUUUUCUGCAUACAGGAGCUCACAGACUCCAAUGAUUGGCUAGUGUAUCGUGAUUGACAGGCA